AUUACUUAUUGGGCUCGCCUCAAGUAACCACCAAUAUAGGGAGUAAUAAAGUUGGUUUAGCAGUUGGCAGACAGUGAUAGAGAUGCACAAAAAUUGGCAUCUUCUUUGUCCUCUCUCAUAAAUCUCACUAUUUCUAUUUCUUGACUUUUUGCCUUUUGCUCUUUUCCUUUUAUACAUGCGACAAUAUUUGAUUUAUCAAAAGACUAGUGUUUUUCAUUUAAUAUCCCAUGCUGCCGUGUUUCUCGGAGAAGCACAGUAUGUGGAGAAGACACAGCACAGGAGGAGGAGGCGCUAAUGGUUACUUCAUUUUGGUACUGUGUCACUUAGCUCUUCACUGCUUACUCAUCACUUGUUCAACUGCUUGUUCUAAUGGGAAUUGCCAGCUUCUUGAUUCAUGUGCUUCGGCUACGGAUUGUGGGCCUUCUUUAUACUGUGGUAAUUGCCCUGAAUUGGGAAAGAGUCAGCCCUUUUGCAUCAGAGGACAAGCUAUAGAACCUACUUCCAUUAUCAGUGGAUUGCCCUUCAACAAAUACUCGUGGUUGGUGACCCAUAAUGCCUUUUCAAUGGUAAAUGCACCAUUAUUGACAGGCCCUCAGAGAAUUACAUUCUAUAAUCAAGAAGACACUGUCACAAACCAAUUGAGAAAUGGAGUGCGGGGAUUGAUGCUGGAUAUGUACGAUUUUGAGAACGAUAUAUGGCUCUGUCACUCAUUUCGUGGCCAAUGUUACAACUUCACUGCCUUUCAACCGGCAAUUAACACUUUGAAAGAGGUGGAGGCAUUUUUGAGCGCAAAUCCUACAGAAAUAGUCACCAUCAUAAUUGAGGAUUAUGUGCAUUCCCCAAAGGGUUUAACGAGGGUAUUUGCUGAUGCUGGGUUGGACAAGUAUUGGUUUCCUGUUUCUAAGAUGCCGAGAAAGGGUGAUGAUUGGCCCACCGUGAAUGAUAUGGUUAAAAAGAAUUAUCGCUUGUUGGUUUUUACUUCUGACUCUUCCAAGGAAGCUGCUGAAGGAAUUGCUUAUCAGUGGAGAUACAUGGUUGAAAAUGAGCCUGGAGACCCUGGAGUGGUGCCUGGCUCAUGCUCCAGUCGUAAGGAAUCAAAGGCACUUAAUUCCAGAAGUGCUUCUCUGUUUCUAAUGAAUUACUUUCCCACAGUUGCCGUACAAGAUGGAGCCUGCAAAGAGCAUUCAACUCAAUUUGUUGAUACGAUUGGUGCCUGUUACAAAGCAGCAGGCAACAUGAUGCCCAAUUAUGUGGCAGUAAACUUUUACAUGAGAAGUGAUGGGGGAGGAGUUUUUGAUGUUUUAGAUCAAAUGAACGGUCGGACACUAUGUGGUUGCCCGACGGUCACUGCAUGCCAGGUGGGGGUACAUUUUGGAGUUUGUAAGAAUACUACUGCAGCGAAUGCAGCUCCAACAGCAACCAGUACUGCUGGAAUGUUUUCAGGGUCCGUGCAAUUAACAGGCCAUGCUUCAGCAAUCCAUUUUUCCAGUACCUUAUACCUAUUUUCAUUGUCUUCUGUAAUGAUGUUGUUUCUACUAUGAGAAGAAAAAGAGAGAGUUCCACGCAGAAGUUACAUGAGUUUCAUCCACGGAUGCUCGAUAUCUACUAUAUUACCCUGUGUAGAAUUAUGGAGUCGGAAUAGGUACAGUAUACACUAGAAUCCACUUCGGCAUGUCUGAGAUGAUGAAUGUUCAACUUGACAUUUUCCUAGUAAAAUAUAACUUGUCAUUUUAUAGGAGAUUUGGAUAUAGAAGUAAGCAAGGGAUUGGAGAAGAGUAUCAACAUGUAACAGAUACUUUUCACAUCCCAUGUCAUUUUCUAGCUGCCAGUUUUUUCCCCUUGGUAUGUUGACAAUGGUAGUCUUAUUCUUCAACUGAAUUUUGGUUAAUUUUCAGUAUGAAAAAUGUUAUGUUCCUCAUGUUGCUA